CAAUACUCAAGACUGUACUCAAGACUUGUCGCUGAGCGCCAUACAUACUUCCACCGAGGCCUACGUCUAGAUUGACAUUCAAUGCUUAUCCAAACCAUAGAGUACUAGCAUCAGUGAAUAUUUGUUGAGGGCUAAGAGAAAAUGGACCGAAAAACCAAAAGGCAACGGCUAAACUCGAAGGCAAAUGGGAGCAGGAGAGGUCAGAAUGGCAAACUCACCAACAAAUCACCGAAGCCAUCAUCUCCAGGUGCAGCUUCUACUGGCACUGGCAGAGUUGUAAAAACGACGAACGUUUUACUCACUUUGUCCGCUGAAGAGAAAUGUAACUUGGUGGCCGAACUUAGUGAAUUGGUUUUGGAAAACCCAAACAAAGCCUUUCAAGUGGAAAAAGAAAUCUUCAACGGGGAUGGUAACAAAGAAGGUGACGGCAAUGGAGAUGUCAGAUCAGUCUCGAAGGUACAGCAACUCUUAGAUUUAUCACGGGUGCAUAAAAAUGGCAAUGACGACUACAUAGCUUCUCUUGGAAUUAUGUCGCUACUUGCUAUCUUCAAGGACAUCCUCCCAUCUUAUAGAAUCAGGCAACAAACAGAGAUAGAACGGGAGAGCAGGAUUAGCAAGGAAACGAAGGCACUUUGGGACUAUGAGCGAGCACUUUUGACACAUUAUCAGCAAUAUUUGCAGGUUCUUGAGAAAGCGUGGGAUAGAGGUCAAAAUCAACACGAGACAGGCCCAUCUCGUCUUGCCAUCACAGCAAUGCUAAGUCUCUGUGAACUAUUGAAAUCUGCCUACCACUUCAACUUUCGGUCGAACAUCUUAUCCAUAGUUGUUAGACAGAUGAAUAACCGCAAAUGUGAUCAAGUUAGUAAUGCUUGUUGCCGAGUUAUUGAAUUUGUCUUCGAAAAGGAUACGCAAGGCGAAGUAUCAAUGGAAGCGGCUCGCCUAGUCGCAAAGCUCGUAAAAGAGUACCGUGGUGCGUUGAGACCUGGUGUCAUACGAAGCUUCGCAAAGUUGCCCCUUCGUGUCCAUGUGGAUGAAGCUCAAGCAGCAAAGCUUGCAGCAGAUGCAAACAAAAAGAAAAGAAAAAAAGAUAGGGAGUUGGCAGAAAUCGAGUCCGAGUUGAAAGAGAGCUCUGGAACAGUCGACAAGAUCAUCUUAGCUCGAUGUCAGUCUGAGACAUUACAAUCUGUUAUCCUCACUUAUUUUCGAGUCCUCAAGAGCACGGAUUCAAAGACGAGACACGAUUUGUUACCGGCAGCACUCGAGGGUCUGGCUAAGUUUUCGCAUCUUGUGAAUAUUGACACUGUCGUCGAUCUUUUGGAUGUAUUGAAAGAGCUCUUACUAAUAGUUGACAAUCUUCCUCUUGAAGCGUCACUCAACUGCGUCCUGACGGCAUUUCAAACUCUUGAAGGACCGGGGAGAGAAAUGCAAAUCGAUCAGAAAGAAUACAUCGCACCGCUGUACAGUCAAUUAGCUCGAGUUGGGACGGAAGAGAACAGCAAGAAAAACACUUACAUUUUGCUUCGCUGUUUGACGGCAGCCUUCAUCAAACGAAGAGAGUAUUCAAUAGUACGGGUUGCCGCAUUCGUAAAACAAAUGUUUACUGUCGCAAUGCAUUCGCCAGACUACACUAGCGUACCACUCAUUGCUUUGGCAAGGCAAAUUCUGCAACGAUAUCCAAGCGUGCAUCAGCUGUUGGAGAGCGAAUCUGAUGUAAUAACAUCUGGUACAUACAAACCAGAUGUCGCCGAUCCCGAGCACUCAAACCCCUUUUCAACGUCAGCAUGGGAAUUAGCAUGCUUGAAAUUUCAUGUCCAUCCUCAAGUUCGGGAGCAAGCUAUUUCGGCGGCUCAACUAAAAAUGAUUCAAUUGCCGGCCGAGGCACCUGAUAAACUGAGGAGCAUGCUAUCAAAGAAUGGUGACGAAAUUUAUAUCCAAUUCCGAAGGCAGUCAAAGAAACAUCCACUCUCAGGGAAGGCAGGAAAAAACCAAUUGCGAUUUAUCACGCCUCGAAAAUCUAAGAUUACUUUAUUUCCGACAGAUUAAUUGUUGAUUCCACUUUUAACCCCAGGACAGGAUUGAGCGACAAGUUUCAGAAAAUUAAGAUUUUAUGGUGUG